CAGACAAAGUAUUUUCCACUUCGCACCACAACCGUAGAGGAGAACACCAUCGAUGGCAACAACAAAUUCAUUGAAGUGACCUACUUUGAUCAGCUGGGGUUCACAUCUGAAGAGCUUUGCGAGUUCGCCAUCCCUACGAUCAAUGACCAGGCGACGAACUCUCGUAUCCGUAGCGCAAAGGCAUUACGCCGCGGCGAUGUGAAUGCUUUCACCCGUCUGGAACCAUUCCAGGUUGCACCUGGCCUGUUCCAUCUCCAAAUGAACUUGAUAUGGGCUCUGCUGCACGUCCACCGAGGGUCACUAAAUGAUGAGGGAAGCCUAUCAUUUUUCUUCACUCUCCUCGAAAGGACCCGAUUAAACGGAGAGCACCCAGACUUCUAUACGCUCCAUUCGACUCUCAUGCAAAUUCUUGACGGGCUCAUACUCAGUGCAUGGGAGCUAGAGUGUGGUUACGGCUCCCUAGCCGAGUUUGCAGCCUCGGCCCCAUCCAAGGAGAAACUUCGUGAAAUUGCUGUCCGGAUCCUGAAGAAGCAUGGGGAUGUUCCUGCACUAGCGAAGCCUGAUGACAACACUAUCCCAGAGACUGAUACAAAGCGAUGCAACGUCCAGCUUCUCUUCCGAGACCUAUCACUGGUUGCAGUGUUGGACAACGCAAUAUCGGAGGGGGACUGGGGUCGUAUCGAAGAUAUGCUUGGCACACUAGCAGCAAUGUUCCGCGGUGCUGGCCCAAACAAAUACUCGACUGAGAUAUUAUAUCUCAUCCAUAACCUGCAGGUUGUGUGGACACCCGAUUUUGCCAAUAUCAUGCGGGAUAACUUGAUAAUUAAUCCCACUGGUAGGGCCGGGCAUGCCAUGGGCGUUGACCUGAACAUUGAACAUCAGAUUGGGCAGCAAAAGGUGAGUGGUGACAAUAUUCAUCAUCAUCAUCAUCACCAUGUUUCAUUGUUUAUAGGCACUCUCGACACGGAGGGGCAUCCAUGGAAGCUGGGAGAGGCUCGCAGACAUAUCAGCAUGUGGAACAGUCAUCCGCGGAGCAAAAAAAUCACUGGCAAGAGGUUUUCAUAUCCCCUAUCAAGGGACAACACACCAGUCAACGAAUCUCUCGCAUGCUGUGCGAAAGAUCGCAGAUAA